GGCACUACUACACCAUCCAACUGUUAACUUGCUGGGAAGAUAAGAAAAAGAGAGUUGAAGUGAAGGAGUUGCAGGAACAAUGGCCUCCUCCAUGAUCUCCUCCGCCACCGUCGCCACCGUCAGCCGAUCCACCCCUGCUCAGGCCAGUAUGGUCGCCCCCUUCACCGGUCUGAAAUCCACUUCUGCUUUCCCCGUCACCCGUAAGACCAAUGCUGACAUUACUUCUCUCGCUAGCAAUGGUGGAAGAGUUCAAUGCAUGCAGGUAUGGCCUCCAACUGGGAAGAAGAAGUUCGAGACACUCUCAUACUUGCCAGAUCUGAGCCCAGAACAAUUGGCAAAGGAGGUAGAUUACCUUCUCCGAUCUGGGUGGAUUCCUUGCUUGGAAUUCGACACGGAUUCGUGUACCGUGAGAACCACAGAUCACCAGGGUACUACGAUGGAAGGUACUGGACAAUGUGGAAGCUACCUAUGUUUGGAUGCACAGAUUCUGCGCAGGUGUUGAAGGAGCUUGAGGAGGCGAAGAAGGUUUACCCUAAUUCGUUUAUUCGGAUUAUUGGAUUUGACAACAAGCGUCAAGUGCAGUGCAUCAGUUUCAUUGCUUACAAGCCACCAAGCUACUAAGAUCUUUACGGAACCCUUUUGUUUUAGGGGGUUUGCUUGUUCAUUUGUAUUUAGGGUUUUUCUUUUCCUUUUGUUCUUGGUGAGAUAAUUUCUCUGGUGUUUUUGGGUUAUGAGUCUCGGGAUUUCCAGUGGAAAAAUUGAGAACUUAUGAAUAAAGAGUAGUUUUCUCAUGUCAA